GAGGGCGGGGUUAGGAGUGGGGGCUGCAACCAGAGGAUGUGACGUUCUGGUUGGAGAGAAGAUUGGGAGAUUGUCCCGUAUCCGAUAAACUGCGGCCGUUGCCGUUGAUGUUUGACGGUGGGGGAUUAUCGCUAGCAAGCGGGAUGGCCGAGUGAGUGGACGCCGGGGCGGCGACGCAACAAGAAUCACAAGAAUGGAGGCAACUCUCGUAUUGGCCGCUAUCAUUUUCACGCUGCUCGCCAUGGUGGUCGCGACGUCGCUGCUCAAAGGCUCGUCACCCGCGGCGGACUUCGCGAAUGCGCGAAGUUACUUCGGCCAGAGAGGAGACGGAGGAUCAGCGGCGUCCGAGGCGAAGCUGAACGGCCAUGUAGCCGGGCAGGGGAGGAAGACGGAAGCCGACAACUGGAGUGAGAUCAGUGGGAGCUCACACGACCACUGGGAUGUAGUGAAAUCUGAGCAGGGACACCCGCACUUUCACGCAGAAGGCGGUGCAGCAGUCGAGUCCUCUUCCUCCACAUCGAGCCUUUCUGUCCCCAGUUUAGAGGUAGACUCGUCGUCCGAGGUCUCGUCAGCGAUGGGCCGCAGGUCUUUCAUUGGGCUCUCUGAUACGGAGCUCCUAAAGUGUGCUUUCUCUUAUCCCCAGACUGAAGGAGCCACAGAGAGCCCAGGGGACAACGCGAAAGUGGAAUCGGAUGCAAAUAAUUCCUUGAAGUAUGUUCCUGGAAAGGCACGAUCGCACCAUUUAGAGGUGAUGAUGUCCAAAGAAGAGCUGGCAGAGGAGCAGAGGGUGCAACGGGAGCAGCUGGCCGCCAUUUUCCAGCUGCUGAAAGACAACAAGGAGACAUUCGGGAACAUGUCUGAAGGAGACUUGGAGGAGCAGCUCAGACUCUACUCCAUCUGAGACUCCUCCGCAACCUGAUCUGCUCCAAAGACUUAUUCAGGACUCCAAAUAUGUCAUUUAAUUUCCCUGAAGUAUUCAACACGGCUGUCCGUUCCAACAACUGCUUAUUGUUUUUAACUUGUAUUAAACACACUCGCACGCCUGCACCGAUCAGAUAAUUAUGAAAAACACAAUGGAGCAUUGUUUCUAUUAGUUCUAUGAGUUUAACUUUCAAACUGUUGCAUAAUAAACCAGAACGUUGUAUAAAUUUGUGUGUGCCUAUUCAGUUUCAGUCCAAGCUGUUUCUAGGAAAACUGCUGCUGUUGAUUUCCUCUUUAUUUAAUGAAAUUCCUGCCUUUGUUGCUUCUGCCACA